AUUCGUUGUCUCAGGACCGAAAAGCGAAUCAUGUCGACGGCAGCUUUGUGAUACGAGUGAGAUUACAUUAUCCUCCCGUGUCGGAACUAGUAAAGAAAUAUUAAGUAAAAGAAGAAAUAAGUCGUGAUAGGAGACGAGUAGUGAAAGUUAACUGUCUCGUCAUAGUGGGGAAUUCACCCUUCGGCUUGGUAUAUAUACUCGUUCGAGGGUACUUCGAGUUAGUCAGUGCACCUCACUCGUUAUCAUGUGCUACCUUACCCUCUCUCACCCUCUUUCCCUUAUCACCCAUUAGCCUUUUCUUCAUCUUAAACAUUAAAUUACAAAAAAUAAAAAUAGCCAACAACAAAAGGAGACAAUUUUUGAAGGUGCAGAUAUUUUAAGUGGAUAUGGAACGAGUUCCAGUGUUCCUUUGUAUUCUAGGAACUAUCCACAUUGUCCAGGGUCAAGCAGGAUACUUUUACAACAGGCCAAACGAUCCGAUAAAUGAGGGGACAGUCGCUACGUUACCGGUGCCAUCGGGUUUUCAACCGGCUACAACUAAGAGUCCGGAUGGGGUUGACGAACUCGGAAAAGCUCAGAACUCAGUAGACGGCUUUCCCGGAGCACAUCUGCCCGGGCAAACGCUUGGAAAUGGGGAUUACCAUUCUGAAAAACAGUCCUCUUUUCAAAGUGGCUUUCGAGAAGAUUCAAGACACCUGACAGGUCCAGAACCUUCAGAAUCACCGGGAUCCUACCCGAUUCGUUCAGAAAAUUCGCUAUCUCAAACAACUUCCUCUGGGUUUUCAGGACAUCCAUUGUCGACUGUACCUUCUGAAGAGCCUCGGCCUCAAGGAUAUUACCAAACUGUAGAUUCGCUUAACCCACCAGGAAGUAAAGCACAAGGUGCACAACCAUCACCUUUACCUGGUAGUCAAGAAGAUUCAAAUAGAUUCAAUGGGAAUCAAAUUCAAAAUACAUAUUCGGCUGGUCACCCUGGAACCCAAAACCAUGGUUUGACUACUUCUGAUCAAACUGGAAGCACAGAAUCUAGUUUGUUACCUACUGGACAAUAUGGAACGACCGUACCUUCGUUCCCAACAGGCCCUACUUCAUUUCCAACACAUCUGCAAGAAGGAUUAAGUUUUACUACUUUUAAUGCUGGACAGACUCAUCAUCAUGAUACUAGUGAUUUAGGAUUAAGUUACGGUGGCGGAGGUGACUCGGAUGAUGGAAGCUACGAAGGAGGAGAUUAUUCAGCCAUACCAGGAGAGCCUGGUAUCGACUAUCCAAUAUUUUCAGACAUUCCACAAACAUCUUUCAGGUGCGAGGAACAGCAAUGGCCAGGAUAUUACGCCGAUGUAGAAGCUCGAUGUCAACUGUUCCAUAUUUGUACAAAUAACACAUCAUACGAUUUUCUAUGCCCUAAUGGAACAGUAUUUAGUCAAGAAUAUUUUGUUUGUGUUUGGUGGAAUCAAUUCAAUUGUAACAAUGCACCCAAUUUCUUUUACCUCAAUGAAAAAAUUUAUGAUUAUACCAUAAUGGGGAGCCAACUAACUGAAGGAAAUUUCCAAAGUUUUCCAGGAGUAAGUCCGCCAGAAAAUAUCGGAGGCUUACAAGUAUUACAAGGAACAAAUGCAAACUUGGAUGGAUCUAAGUUAUCGCUUGAAUCAUCUGCAGUCCCUCGAGAACCGCCCACAUCACUUCAGCCUUCUAUAGGCACCAACGGCCAGAAUGCACCAUUAGGUGGGCCUAGUAUUGCGUUAUUUGGCCAUAAUGUUCCUUUAGGACAAACAAAUGGACCAUCAGGGCCUACUGCAUCAUUUGUGCCGUCUACAUCAUUUCAACCCUUUGCAGGCCCCCACGGACCAACUGGAACCCUAGGUCCUACAGAAUCAUUUGGCCCAACACCAAUAUCCCAAGGGCCAAGUGGAUCAUUUGAAUUAUCUGCAGUCCCUCAAGGACCAUCUACCUCAUUACAACCCUCUACAGGCCCCCGAGGACCCACUGUCAUAUUUGGAUCAACCGCAUCAUUCCCCGGACCAGGAGGAUCGUUUGAAUCAUCCACAGUCCCUCAAAGACCAGCUACGACAUUUUACCCCUCUACAGGCCCCUACAGCCAGAAUGAACCAGCCGGGCAAUCAAACGGACCACUAGGACCUACUGGAUCCUUUGAGCCAAACCCAUCUUUAGAGCAAUCAAAUGGAUCAUUAGUACCGUUUGGAUCCAAUGAAUCCUCUAGUGGGCCACGAGGUCCUUUUGGUUUAAAAGCAACACCCCACAGGCCGGGGGUCCCGUUUGAAUCAUCUGCUGUUCCUCAAAAACCAUCUACACUAUAUCAGCCCUCUACUGGCCCCUACAGCUAUAACGUACCAAUAGGGCAACCAAACGGACCAUUAGGGCCUACUGCAUCAUCUGGACCCUCUACAUCACUCCAGCCCUUUGCAGGCCCACAAGGACCAACUGGGCCCGUAGGUCUUACUGAAUCGUUUAGCUCAGCCCCAAGACCCCAAGGACCAAGUGGAUCAUUUGAAUCUUCUGCAAUCCCUCAAAAACCAUCUACACCAUUUCAACCCUCUACAGGCCCCUACAGCUAUAAUGCACCUUUAGGGCAAUCAAAUGGGCCAGUAGAGCCUGCUUCAUCAUUUGGUCCGAAUGCUCCUUUAUCACCAUCAAACCAUUUGGGGCCAUUUGGCCAUGAAUCCUCUAGUGGAGCCCAAGGAUCUACAGCAUCCUUUGGCUCAGCAGAAACACCCCACAGGUCUGCGGGUUCAUUUGGAUCAUCUGUAGUCCAUCAAGAACCGUCUACCUCAUUUCAACCUUCUGCAGGCCCCAAUGACGGGAAUGCACCGUUAGAACAAUCAUAUGGGCCCGCAGGGCCUGCACCAUCAUUUGGUCCAAAUGCUCCUUUAGCACAAUCUAAUGUACCAUUUGGGCCACCUGCGCCGCAACAAUCCUCUAGUGGGGCCCAAGAUCCUACAGCAUACUUUAGUUCAACAGAAACUCCCUAUGGGCCUGGGGGAUCAUUUGAAUCAACUGAAGUCUCCCAAAAACCAUCUAUACCAUUUCAAACCUCUACUGGCCCAUAUCACUAUAAUGCACCUUUAGGGCAAUCAUAUGGGCCAACAGGGCCUACUGCAUCGUUUGAGCCAGACACACCAUUAGGACAACGAAAUGGGCCAGCAGGGCCUGGUACAACAUUUGGCCCAAAUGCACAAUUACAGCCAUCAAAUGAGCCCUCUGCAGGCCCACAAGGACCAACAUCAGUUCAGUUAUUGACAGGUCCCAAUGGCCAGAAUGCACCAUUAGGGCAAUCAAAUGGGCCUGUAAGGCCUGAUGCAUCAUUUGACCCGAAUGCAUCCUUAGGACAAUCAAAUAGGCCCUUUAGGCCGGCUACAUUAUUUCAACCCACAGAAGGCCCACAAGAACCAACUGGGCUCCGAGGUCAAACAAAAUUGUUUGGCUCAACACCACUACUUCAAGGGCCAAGUGGACCAUUUCAGCCCUCUACAGGCCCUUACAGCUAUAAUGCACCUGUAGGACAAUCAAAUGGGCCAGUAGAGCCUGGUGCAUCAUUUGGUUCAAAUACACAAUUACAGCCUUCAAAUAAGCCCUCUGAAGGCCCACAAGGAGGACCAACUACAUCAUUUCAGUCAUUUACUGGUCCCAAUGGCCCAAAUGCACCUUUAGGACAAUCAAAUGGACCAUUUGGGCCAUCUACUUCUUUUCAGCCCCCAGUAGGCCCACAAAAACCAACUGGGCCGCAAGGACAAACAGAAUCCUUUGGCUCAACACCACUACCUCAAAUGCCAAGUGGAUCAUUUGAAUCAUCUGCAGUCCCUCAAGAACCAUCUACAUCAUUCCAGCCCUUUACAGAACCCCAAACACCUAGUGCAUUUAAUCCAUCUACUGGCUCUUACGUUGAAUCUCAGGUACCUGCACUAUCCGAUCUAUCCAGUCCUCAAGGGGCAUUUAAACCACCGAAACCAAGCACUUCUACUGGCUACAUAGAAUCUCAACAUCUGUCUUCAUUAGAUACAAAAAGGCCAGGAGAGCAAAUUUCUGUUUCACAAGAUCAACAAGGAUCUCUUGGUCCUUUUGGUUCAUAUCCAUCAGGAACACCCGAUAGCUCAGGCUAUAGGCCAGCAUCUCUUCAAAGUGGACGACCUGGUCCAAAACCUAAUAAUGGAUACCUUCCACCUUAUCGCUAUGGAAGUUAGCAAUUUUUCAAUUUAUCCUGUUUUAAGAAAACAUAUAUUACAAAAUAGUCUGCUAAUAAUUGUGUUCCUUUUUAAAUAAUUAUUCAAAUGAAUAAUUUGUAAUGAAGUUUUAUUCUACACUCAAACAUAACAACUUAUUUUUAAAAUCCUAAUUUGAAAAAAAUGUCAAAUUGCAUUAAACAAUUCACAGUCGAUUUUAUGAUAGUUUUAUUGUUUUAAAUUGUCAGUCAUUCAAAUAACUUAGAAUUCAUAUAAAAGUGUUAAAUAUUGUUCUUCAUUUGACAUGAAAAAUACAUUUUCUACAUAUGUUCAAUAAAUUUUAUUGUAAUUGUUAAAUUAAUUGGAAACACUUGGUUGAGUACACUUUAUUUAUUCCUCCUUGUUGGAAUAGAAGUGAUUUGUUAUUAUUAGUUGUUACAACAGCUUUUAUUUACUUAUUUAUAAUAACAAAUCACAGGUUGUUGCUUAAUAAAUAAGCAACAAAAAUUAACUACAUAAGAAAUAUCCCUCCAGUGAAUGUUAUAAAAAAUUAUUUUGGGAUAUUUGAAAAUAUUGGAAAUAAAACA